AUGCAACUCCAUUACGAGCCCUCCAUCAAGAGCUUCAUGUGCAGAGAUGUACCCUAUAUUGAUUUGUGCGAUUUGUCAGAAGUAAGGAAGGGUUGGGAAUCGGAUCGCUUUAAUGUAAUCGACGCCAAGUUUCGACGCAAACUUCACGCCUCGAUUGGACCCAAGAAUUUGCCGCAACUCGAAGAGGAGAACUGCUUCUCUCUUGUGUUCGACAACGGCAUGAAAACCGAAGACUUAGUGGCGCCUAAUCCUGAGAUAAGGGACACUUGGGUUAAAGGACUUAGUUUCUUAAUCGCUAGUUAUAAGGAUCAACUGGUCAAUGAUGAGCAAACAGUUUGGCUUAAUAAGCAGUUCCGAGAGGCCGACAAGAAUAAUAACAAGAGCUUAAGUUUUGAUGAA